GCGGCGGAAUGUUUUAGUAGACGGACCACGGACAACUAGCUAGUUAGCCGCCGUUGGAAACAAAACCUGACUCCAGUGAGAACAAGUAGCAAUCCACGGCUGUAUUUUACCCACAUAGCUGAACGUCUGUACGCCCGGUUCGAAGAGGUCAAGAUGGGGGUCCCGAAAUUUUACCGAUGGAUUUCCGAGCGCUAUCCAUGUCUCAGUGAAGUUGUAAAGGAACAUCAGAUCCCAGAGUUUGACAAUCUCUAUCUGGACAUGAAUGGGAUCAUCCACCAGUGUUCCCACCCGAACGACGAAGAUGUCCACUUUCGCAUCUCGGAGGAAAAGAUUUUUGCAGACAUCUUCCAUUACCUGGAGGUGCUCUUCAGGAUCAUUAAGCCCCGCAAGGUCUUCUUCAUGGCUGUGGAUGGGGUGGCACCGAGAGCAAAGAUGAACCAGCAGAGGGGAAGGAGAUUCAGGUCCGCCAAAGAAGCAGAGGACAAGAUAAAGAAAGCCCUGGAUAAGGGAGAGGUCCUUCCCACAGAAGCUCGCUUCGAUUCCAACUGUAUCACUCCAGGCACUGACUUCAUGGCAAGACUUCAGGAGCAGCUCAAAUACUUUGUCCACAACAAAAUCUCCACUGACAAGAUGUGGCAGAAUGUCAGAGUGUUCCUGUCUGGCCAUCAGACCCCAGGGGAAGGAGAACACAAGAUCAUGGAGUUCAUUCGCUCUGAGAACACAAGGCCGGGUCACGACCCCAACACCCGACAUUGCCUAUACGGCCUGGAUGCUGACCUGAUAAUGUUGGGUUUAACCAGCCACGAGCCAAACUUCUCCCUGCUGAGAGAAGAGGUCCGCUUCGGAGGAAAGAAAAACCAGAAAAGGAUAACGGCUCCAGAGGAGACAACUUUUCACUUACUUCAUUUGUCUCUGAUGAGGGAGUACAUCGACUAUGAGUUCUCUGGGCUCAGGAAUCAUCUUGGUUCUGAUUAUGACUUGGAGCGAAUAAUAGAUGACUGGAUUCUAAUGGGCUUCCUUGUGGGAAAUGAUUUCAUCCCUCACCUCCCUAAUCUGCACAUUAACCAUGAUGCUUUGCCUUUGUUGUACAAGACCUACAUCAGUGUACUUCCCAGCUUGGGAGGUUAUCUGAAUGAGAACGGUCAUCUGAACCUCAGAACCUUUGAGAAAUACCUGGAAAAGUUGGCUGAGUUCGACCGGGAACAUUUUAGCGAUGUGUUUGUGGACCUGAAGUGGUUUGAGAGUAAAGUUGGCAACAAGUAUCUGAACGAGGCAGCUGGACUUGCUGCAGAGAAGGAAGCUGCUUCCAAAAACACAAAAAAGAGAGAGGAUUCUUCUGUCAGUCUGGCACCUCUGAGCUCAUCAGAAGGAGCGGCUAGAGAACGAAAGGGAAAGACGGCAGAAGAUGACGAUGAGGAGGAUAUGUUUGAAACAGAAUUCAGACAAUACAAACGCACCUACUACAUGACAAAGAUGGGCGUGGAUGUGGUUUCUGAUGAGUUUCUUGCCGAUCAGGCCAAGUGUUAUGUUGAAGGCAUCCAGUGGAUUCUCCACUACUAUUACCACGGGGUUCAGUCCUGGAGCUGGUACUACCCCCACCACUACGCCCCCUUCCUUUCUGACAUCAGGAAUAUAUCUGGGUUAAAACUGACCUUUGAUAUAGGGAAACCCUUCAUGCCCUUCCAGCAGCUUUUGGCCGUCCUGCCUGCUGCCAGUAUGGAGCUGCUCCCUGCGUCUUACAGGCACCUGAUGAGCAGUGAAUUUUCACCCAUUAUCGAGUACUACCCACUUGACUUUAAAACGGACCUCAACGGCAAGCAGCAGGAGUGGGAGGCUGUGGUGCUCAUCCCCUUCAUAGAUGAGCGGUGUUUACUAGCAGCUAUGGAGCCCUGCAAUGACAAUAUGACUAAAGCAGAGAAAGCCAGGAACUGCCACACAGAGUGCGCAGUCUACUCGUAUGACAAAGAGACAGACGUCCCAUACACCUCCUCCCUUCCUGAGUUGUUCCCUGAUAUCCCCCACUGCCACUCCAGAGUCGAGAACAUCCCCAUGGACGCCUGGCAUGUGCGUUUGGACCAUGUCCACAGGCGACUGGAUCGCUCGUCUCUGUACUUCUGUGGCUUCCCCACUCUGCAACACAUCAAACACAAGUUCUUUAAGAAGAAGAGCGGUGUGGUCGUGUUCCAGCAGAGCAGCAGAGGGGAGAACAUGAUGCUCCAGAUUAUUCCCAGCGAGGAAGGAGAGACGAUAUGUGACGAUGCUGCUGCACAAGUACUGGGGAAGUCUGUGUUCGUGAACUGGCCCCAUCUAGAAGAAGCUCGCAUCAUUGCAGUGACAGAUGGAGACACUAAGUUCUGUCUGGAGGAACAUCCAAGUGUACAGAGACUGUAUGACGGCUCCUCCACUCCCCCUCCCACCAGAGUCAUCCGUGUGUCAGACAAGGACCAGAAGGAUUGGGUGAAAGAUGUUCAGGGAAUCACUGAAUAUUUCUUGAAACGGAAAGGCAUCAUGGUGAAUGAGACAUCGGUGGUUUUGUAUGGCCAGUUGCUGACAGGAAGGAAGUAUGUCCCCAAAGCCGAUGGAGUUGUGGAACUAGAGAAGCAGUGGGCGAAACAAAUUCUCCCCUUCGCCUACCAGACCGUGGUCAAGGACAUCGAGGCCUUUUACUCAUCUCUGACGUGUUUUACGAGCUUGGAUGAACUCUUUCCUCAAGCAACGACGGUCUUCAUGGUGGGGAACCCGUACUACGGUAACAUGGGGGAGGUGCAAGAUUCCAGUGACGUCAUCAAAGACGGUCGCGUCCGUGUGGUCUUCAACGUGCCGCAUGAGCCACAGCUGGAGCCUUUAAUCCAGAAUCAGCAUAAAUACUGUGUGAAAUACAGUCCUGGAUAUGUUCUGGCGUCUCAUCUCGGCAUCUCCGGCUACCUCGUGUCCCGCUUCUCAGGAAGCAUCUUUAUUGGGAGAGGCUCUAAGAAGAAUCCUUGUGGGGAGCAAAAAGCCAACGUUGGCUUGAACCUGAAGUUCAACAAGAAGAACGAAGAGGUUCCUGGAUACACCAAGAAAACUGAAAAGGAGUGGCUCUACUCGGCUGCUGUGGAGGACCUGCUAGCUGAAUACGUGGACAGAUUUUCUGAGGUAUUCAACCUGGUGUCCAGGAACAGUCAUGAUGAUGUUUUCUAUGAAGACGACGUCUGGCCUGCGGCAGACCAGAAUGGGGCCCAGAAAGUUGCUGAAAUCACUUCAUGGUUGAAAAGUCACCCAGUCAACUCCAUCGGCAGGUCGUCAUGUGAUCUACAGGUGCUGGACUCUGCCAUUGUGGAAAGGAUCGAGGAUGCAGUUGAGAAAACUAAGGUGAAGAAGAGCACUAGGAAAGUCCGCGUGACUGUUAAACCUCAUCUACUCUUCAGGCCGUUGGAGCAGCAGCAGGGUGUAGUUCCAGACCCAGACGCAGAUUAUCGCCUGUUUGACCGAGUCGUCAACGUCAGGGAGAGCUUCAGUGUCCCACUGGGGCUCAGAGGAACUGUCGUCGGUAUUCAAGGAGCGGAGCGUGAGGCAGAGGUUCUCUAUGAAGUGCUGUUUGAUGAAGAGUUUGCUGGUGGUCUCAACAUCAGGUGUUCAUCACCUCGUGGUUACCGCCUCCCCCCCUGCGCUCUCAUCAAUCUUUCCCACGGUGCCCGAGUGGAUCAGACCUCCCACAAACUCACCGCCAUCGUCAAACCUCAGCCCGCAAGUGGCGCUAACUUCCACUCACACAGGCAGAUGACUGGCCUCAACCAUUCGCCAAGGUCACCCUUUAUACCCACACAGCAUAACAACAAACACAGUGGGGGAAAGGCAGCCUCCCAGGGCAACAGAAACUCCCCCUCUAAAGGUCCCAUCCAGAAACAACAGGGCAGGAAUAAAGAAGAGUACGGAAAUGUGUGGCAGUCAAUGCAGAGCAUGGGCCCUCCGAAUAAACCUCCUGCCCACUGGCAGAAUAAUGAAGGACACAACCAACAGGGGAAGAACCUGCACACAACCUCUAACAAUGCUGCCCCAGUUGGUGGCAUCAGGCUGUUGAAGAAAAAUGAGGAACCUGACUUCCUUCUCCCUUCACAGAACACAGGCAAUAAGACUUCGACCGAGUUUGAGGAUCUCAUUGCCAGUCUAAAGAUCUCUACGGGUAAUCAGCAGACCCCACCUCCUCCAACUCCUCCACAAGCACCCACCACCCAGUCAGAUGGCCCCCUGUCUCCACAGUCCUUCGCCAUGAAGGGAACCAUGGUACUGAAGGAGAUGCUGAAGAUUGAUUCCGGCACAGGUGGCCCCCCUUUCCUGGACACUGCUCAAACACCCCCCUCUGGAGGCCAGCAGCAGAAUAGAAGACGAUCAUCCAAGAAACUAGCUGCAAAGAUGAAUUCCCCCCAUGGUGACACAGCUUCUCCUGUAUCAGCCGCCUCCCCCAACCUCUCCAAUGCUUUGUUUACCAGUAAGGUGUCAGAGCUGGCAUGUGUCUGUGUGGGGCUAGGAAUGGUACCACCCGAUUUCAGCUUUAUGCGUAACAGACAGGGUCACGUCGUGUGUCAGGUGAAACUAUCCAAUGGAUUGAUGGUUCACGGUCCACAGUGCCAGUCUGAAAAUGAUGCCAAGGAGAAAGCUGCUUUCUUUGCCCUCCAAAGACUGAACUCAGUGGGAUCGGGCUUCCCACUCCCACCUGCUCUAUACCCAGGAGUGGGUCAGAUACGACCUCCACCCAUGGGAGCCAUGAACCGGGUCUUUAACCAGCAAGGUGGUAUACUGUUGCCCCCACAGGGUUUUGGCCCUGGCCCUAUGUGGGGAAUGGCACUGCCCCCGCACCACCAGAAUCAACCGUUUUAUGGAGCCCCAGGAACCUUCCCUGGUCCCCCCCGGCACCAGCCUGCACCAGCAACGGUGCCCAUCGGCUCCCACAACCAGUUCAUCCCGUUACAAGUGACCAAGAAGCGGGUCUCGGCCAACAAGAAGAACGGGGACACCCGAGAGUUUUACAGCGCCGCACACACUGUGGCCAGGAACCACUCACACAAACCCCCAAACCAGCCCUCUGGCCAAUUUCAAUUUCACAGUGAACCACAGAGCGGUCAGGUCAACCAGACCCACCAACAUGCCACCAACAGCAACCCCACUAUGUCCGCUACCAGUCUAGCUGAUGGUCUUUCCACAACGACCGCAUCCCCGCACACCCCCCCAAGGCAAAACAACCCAGCAACAGGUCACACCCCUGGCUCUGGCUCCGCCUCCAAGAGGAAGCACAGGAAGCUGGCUGUCAACUUCGAGGCGGCUAAAGUCUCAGAGUGAUGAGCUUGGGGUGUGUGUAGUUUUUUUUAAGCUGCUGUUUCAAAGCCUGACUCAAAAUCUCAAAAAGAAAGUUUCUUUUCACUCAACAUUUUAACGUAAAAGCAGCUUCAGUUUCCUCACUUUAGUCUUUAAUGAAUGUGGAUCUGAAUCAGAACACGGGGGCUCUUUAAGUAGAUUUAAAGGAAAAUUGAUUUAUUACAGCUUCUAUUUUUGUAGCUCCUAUUCAGGCAACUGCUAGGAUCAGGACAACAUGGCGGCAUCAUUGAAACAGCAAAUAUAAGCACUGGUUGUAAACAAAACAGGCCAACAGUACCAUUACAUAACAUGUAAACAUCCAAAGCUGCUGAUGUGAGAAUUAAUAGCAUCGCCAUUAAUUUUCAGCCCCAAAUCCAUCAAUGUUUCAGAAAACAGGUUCUCUGACUGUCGCCAUGUUUGAAAAUGUCAGCAGGUUUGAUGAGUACUGUGCUACUACCAUCAUGGAUUCUUCAGACUCCUCAUGUUCUCUCGGUUAUUGAACUCAGCCCGGUGAGACUGGUCAACAGUCACAGUGACCAAGACCUAGUGAACACUGCCUUAAAGGUGCCUCAUUUUUUAUUAAAUAUGCAUUUUAGGGGAAAAAAACUGUUGAAACCGAAUACAGGACUCAACAUCAUAAUUUAGCAAUUAAAAGAUGUAUUAUCUUAGACCUAUACACAAUAUUUCCACAAAAAGCUUUGCUCAUGUUUUGACAUAACUGCAGUUUGAUUGAAUGUGGCCUUUCCUGUACAGCCUCCCCACAUUUCACUCUCCAUCCUAACUCCUUCAAAUCGUUGCAGUUGAUUUAAGGACAGGAGAGUUCUCACGCUGCUGUCUUCCUGAGUCGAGGACCUCAUGACCCCGUUCAGACCUGGUAUUGACAUCCAUCCUGAGGGAUCCCAUCACAAGUGUUCAGCUCUGAGUUCAGGUCUGACCGAACCCAAAUGUGACCCGAGACGCGAUCAAAAACAGAUUAGGUGGUCGUCUGACAUGGCCACAUCCUUUUUUCUGAAAGUGAAUGCGUCCUGGGCCACAUAUUAAAGGACCGCCCACUCAGCUAACGUCCUCUGACCCGCUGCAGUUUUUUUUUUGCCACAAUAUCAACACUGACCACCAAAUAAUGACUGAAACUUUUGUUAAAUUGAUCAAAUCUUUCCUCUAUAGCUGCGCAAAUUCAAUUAUGAAUUCCUUCAGCCGCUCCCGACUCCUCUCUGGUUUAUUUUCUUAAGCAGGAAGUGAAAGAAGAUCGUAAGUGGUCACAUGUUAAUACCAGGUGUGAACAGACAGUCUUAACACUGUCCACUUGUGAUCAGAUCUCCCAGGAACGGAGGCCAGUACCAGGUCUGAACCGGGCAUGUGGCCACACACACUGGGAACCAUCAUCUGAAUGCUGAUUUGUUGAGAUCUAUGGUCACAUCGGGAUGUUUGGGAAACGCCCUCGGAUCAAAUUUGGAUGUUGGUUUUCAGGGACAUGUGGCCGUGACAGACGCUCUCUUCGUACUCGAGCCUCAGAUUUGCACUGCAGCGAUCGCUCUCUGAGUAAUGUUGGAUAUUUGCAUGUUUGUAUGUUCAGAGAACUGUGUUUGGGCCUUGUUUUGUUUAGGGAGUGUCGAGUAGAGAGAUCACCCGUCUGUCAUGGCUACACUUGUACAUAGUGCUCACACAUUCAUGAAUCAUUACAGCCAUUUGUAUAAAAAAUACACCAGUGUUGGAUCAGCUGUGUGAAUCAGGCCGACAUUGAUGACGUUUUUCAAUGUAACCCAAUUAAUGACUAGCAGAGUCUCACUCAGCGUCCUCAGUGAGACGUAGAACCUCCAGAGUUUUAUAAUUUCCAGUUUGUUUUUAUGAGCUGGACCCUGUGAAGUCCUUUAUUUUAUUGUUGCAGUUUACAGAAUGGUUUUAAUCUUGACAAAAAAAUGCAACUAGAUACAAGACCAAUCUUGUCUGGAGAUUGUUGGCAGAUUUUACACAGGUGGAAUUUGUUGGUCUAUUUUCUUGCUUUCACUCAGAUAAGUUCACAAAAAUGUUUUACCAUACUUUUGACAUUUUAAAUGAAAAUACCAAAAUUUGAGCCAAAAAAUAGGAUUCUAUUGAUUGUAUGAAGACUCCUGACUUGUGACAGAUGUUGCAUUAGGAAAUAUUGUUUGUCCGUCAAACUUUUUUGGUUUCAAUCUGAUACUUUUUAUUGAAUCUUCAGAGGGGUGUGGCAGAAAAAGUCACUAUUGACAUUAGGAGAAAGCAUUAAGUAAGCUUGCAAAUAGGUUAUUUUAUGUUUUUUAUUUGUGUAAAUGAAGCCAAACAGCAAUGUAACUCCUGUCAGUAACCAGUACUGAUAUAUUCCUGUUAUAUAUCACUGCCUGUGUAUCACUCUAUAAACAUUGUUCCCAUUAAAUUCUAAAAUCUC